AUGCAGUCUCUCACAUUUACUCCUUCUCUGUUUCUCUUCAUGUCCAGUUCUUACUUUAAAUUUCUCUCAUGCUUUUUUUUUUCUGCUUUCUCUUCUCUCAACUUCUUAUCUUUUCCUUUACUUUCUUCUCCUCUCACUAUCAUUCUUCCUUUAUUUCUUACUAUAUUCUUUCUUUCUUUCACUUUUAUUUGUAAAAUAAAUAGGAACAAAUUAUUCAAGCUUUUUUUUUUAAAAAAACGUUUUAUCGGAAGUGAAAUAGCAUUAUCUAAGCAAAAUAAUCUGUCUACCAACUACAAAUUCCAAAUUCCUGAUUUAAAGGUUGGAACUUUGGAUGUUUUGGUUGGACUUUCAGAUGACCUUGGUAAACUGGAUGAUUAUGUGGAGCGAGUGACCCGGAAGAUUGCGCAUUAUCUUGGAGAAGUGUUGGAAGAUCACAAGGAUAAUCUACGAGAAAAUCUCAAAGCAGGCGGAGUUGAUUUAGUUACUUAUUUGUUCAGGUUUCAGUGGGAUCUGGCCAAAUACCCCAUCAAACAGUCAUUACGUAACAUUGCUGAAGUCAUCUCCAAGCAAGUUACUCAGGUAGAAACUGAUUUGAAAACCAAAUCUAGUUCCUACAACAGCUUGAAAGGAAACCUUCAAAACCUUGAACGCAAAGCAGCAGGCAGUUUAUUGACCCGAAACUUGGCAGACAUUGUCAAAAAGAAUGAUUUUGUUCUUGAUUCAGAAUAUCUCACCACUCUUUUGGUGGUGAUUCCUAAGAAUCACGCUAAUGAAUGGAAGGCAAAAUAUGAAACUCUGACUGAUAUGGUUGUUCCUCGCUCAAGCAGAAUCCUCUAUGAUGAUCCUGAAGGAGAUAGUGUGUUAUGGUCUGUCACACUUUUUAAGAGAGUUGUGGAUGAAUUUAAACACCAUUGCAGAGAACACAAAUUUUCUGUCCGAGAUUUUACAUACAAUGAGGAAGAGUUGAUUGCAGGCAAAAAUGAAUUGUCAAAACUUGAAGCAGACAAGAAGAAACAAUUUGGUCCUCUGGUGAAGUGGCUAAAAAUCAAUUUUGGUGAAUGUUUUGCUGCUUGGAUCCAUGUGAAAGCAUUAAGAGUAUUUGUAGAAUCAGUUUUAAGGUAUGGCCUGCCUGUAAACUUCCAGGCUAUCCUGCUUCACCCUCACAAAAAGUCAACUCGUCGUCUAAGGGAGCUGCUUAAUCAGCAUUACAGUCACUUAGAUAGUGCUGCCCUUGCAGGUGGAACUGACCAUGGUAUGGAUAUUCCUGGUUUAAAUAUGGGCACCACUGAAUAUUACCCAUACGUCUACUAUAAAAUUAACCUGGAUAUGUUGGACAGUACAAAGGAUCAUCUAUCUCGUUGGACAUGUGGCUAUCUAUCUAUCUUUAGGGCAAGUUCCCCAUCUAUUUCCCCUCUCUUCAUAUUUAAAUCUAAUAACUCCCUAUCUAUGUGA